ACAAGACGUGAGCUCGACAGAUACGCGUACGCGAGCGAUCGAGUCGUCGUUUAGUUCGAUUUUCCGAAGCCAACACAACUGACGAACGAUGAAUGAGUGAUUUUGAAAUUUGACUUUACAAAAAGAAUUUAACGAAGUACCUCGUGGGGCUCAGAUGUCAGUCGUCCGUAUAGGUACAUAUUUAUCGCGUAUAACUACUAGGCCCGAAAAUGCAGGCGAUACAAUCCUUACCGGGGACGACGAACAAUUAUGCGUCGAGUGUCUUUUUGCCGCCUGGCCAAUAUCUGGAUCGACUGCCACCGGUUUUAGAUCAUCAGAGAGUGCCAAAUGCACCACUAUCAACGCCGCAGCAACAAUCGACUGCUCGAGUCAUGCGAAACGACUGCUCGCAGCUGAGAUUGAAGAUCGAGCCGUAUCAAGUCGCGGCACAGUACAGAAACGAGAGCAAAGGAUACGCUACGAUCGUGCGAAAAAAUUCGUUCACGCGGGUGUGCGAUGAAAAUUCGCCACGAACGAUUGCUGCCCAGCACAAUGGAUACUCGUCGCAACCGAUUACAUAUCGGCAAAAUCGAAAUUUACCACAGCCUAUGCAACAAAAUGGAAAUUCGCCACGGCCAAUUUUAAUCAAGUCGAAAGGAAAAUUACUGCAGUUUAUGCAACGUAAUGGAAGUUCCCCAAUCCUUAUGCAUCAAAAUGGAAAUUCUCCACGGCCAGUUUCAUUGAAUCCAAACGGAAAUUUUCCAGAACCUAUGCAGCCUGAUGAAAAUUCACCAAGGCCAGUUUUGAUCCAGCAAAAUGGAAAUUUCCCAGGGCCAGGUUCAUUACAUCCAAAUGGAAAUCCACCACGGCCAGUUUUAAUCCAGCAAAAUGGAAAUUCACCAGUGCCAGUUUCAUUGAAUCAAAACGGAAAUUUUCCAAGACCUAUGCAGCCUAAUGAAAAUUUACCAAGGCCAGUUUUGAUCCAGCAAAAUGGAAAUUUACCAGGGCCAGGUUCAUUACAUCCAAAUGAAAAUCCACCACGGCCAGUUUUGAUCCAGCAAAAUAGAAAUUUACCAGGGCCUGUUUCAUUGAAUCCAAACGGAAAUUUAUUACAGACAAGUUUUAUGCAGCAUAACGGAAAUUCGCCACAACCAAUUCUAGCCCAGCAGAAUGGAAAUUCACCACAAUCCAAUCCUAUGGGAUGUCAUAGAAACUCACCCCAUCGAAGUCCUAUCAACAAUAGUGAAAAUUUGCCGCAACCACUUCCACUUCCACCGAAUGGUAAUUUACCACACUCAAGUCCUAUGCAGCAAAAUAGAAAUUCACCACGGCGAAAUUCUUUGCAACUAAAUGGAAAUUCACCGCAACCAAGCCCUGUGCAAUACAUUUCACAUGUAAAUUCACCCCGACCAAGUCCAAUGCAACAUAUUGGAAAUUCGCCACAACCAACUCCACUUCAGCAGAAUGUACAUUUACCACAUUCGAGUCCUAUGCAGCCAAAUAGAAAUUCACCUCGGCGAAAUUCUUUGCAACUAAAUGGAAAUUCACCAAGUCCUGUGCAAUACAAUUCACAUGUAAAUUCACCCGGACCAAGUCCAAUGCAACAUAUUGGAAAUUCGCCACAACCAAUUCCACUUCAGCAGAAUGUAAAUUUACCACAUUCGAGUUCUAUGCAGCCAAAUAGAAAUUCGCCACAACCAAGUCCUAUUCAAUGCAACGGAACUUCACCACGGCCAAAUUCAUUUCCGUUAAUUAAAAACUCACCGCGAUUCAGUCCAAUGCAACACAAUGAAAACUCGCCACAACAAAAUCUAAUUCAGCAAAGCGGAAAUGCACCACGGCCAGCUUCGUCACCAAUGCAGUUAAUUACAGUGCAGCAAAAUGGAAAUUCAACGCAGUCGCUUCCACUUCUGCAGAACGGAAAUGUUCAGCAACCAUCUCCAGCCCAGUAUGAAGGGAAUUUACCACAAUUAAUUCAACAUAGUGGAAAUUCGUCACAACCAAUCCCAAAACAAUCACAGCAAAAUAUAAGUCCACAGCAUUCAGCUCAAGCCCAGUAUGAAAAAAUAGUACCUCAGCCAAUGGAAGUUCAGCAAAAUGUAAAUUCACCACAAUCACGACCAAUGCAACAUAAUGGAAAUUUACAGCAAUCAACCCUACUUGAACAAAAUGUAACUUCACCACAAGCACAACCAAUGCAACAUAAUGGAAAUGCACCAUGGGCAUACUUACUCCAGUCAAAUGUAAAUUCAAAACCACCAACUGUAUUUCAACAAAAUGUAAAUCCAUCUCAACCACAACCACCGGUCCAGCAUAAUGAAAAAUUGCAACAAUCGAUUCAAGUUCAGCAAAUCGAAACAUCACAGACAAACGUCCAGCAUGUCAAAGACAUGUUCCAAGAAUUACAACUUCAGCAAAGUGAAAGCUCGAAAUUUGAAAUGCCUUGCGAAAAUACUUCUGCGUUCAUCGAUAAUAAUUUCAGUUUGCCCAAAACAUGCACUAUCUGUAAUAUGGAGUUCCGUAGUUUCGACGAUCUACAAAAUCACGUAAUUUCGAUGCAUCUCGCUGAUUCAGAUAUUUUUUCAGACUUAUCUGGCUGUUAUUGAGUAGGUUUCUUGAUCGACCUAAAAUUAAUAUUUCGGAAGUCGAGCCGUGUAAAUAUAUGUUUCUCAAACAGUUGAGAAUCAUGUAAUUGUACUUUACUUAAUUAUGUACAAAGAUAAAUUUGUAUUGUAUCGGUAAUUUCAAUAUUACUCUUGAUUCAGUAAAAUAAAUUUUAUCAACGCUACUCUA